GUGUGCAGAGCAGGCUCCGGAGACGAAGCCGAUAUAUUUGAUCCAAGUGUGCCCCUUUGCUAUGAGUGCUAAUAUCUCAACGAGUCGACGGCGCCUGUUUUUCAAGGCACGAAAACCAAUACGAGUAAUCUACUUCUACCUCCACCACCUCCACCACCACCUCCCCCGGGCCCUGGGGCAGUGCACCACCACCUCCAUGAUCGCGCUUCGCCUUCGCGCUCUGGGCAUUGCGUUUGGGAUUCCUGUCGUAUACUCUCCGGGAAUAAAACCGAUAAGUCAGCGGGAACAAUGAGCAAUACUCAAGAUUCAGAAUUCAGUGCUAGCGAUCGCUGGAUGACAGCAUCUCGUCGAGAUGCAGCAGAACAUUUGCCCUCAAAGUUCCAACCAGAGAGUGUCCCUGUAGAUUCUGUGAUCCCUAAUGCCACCCGUUCACACGUUCCGACUUGCAACGAAGUUGGGCAAGCAUACUGGUCCCUAUAUCCUCCGUUGAUAGAUGCACACCAACCCUUGUCUUCGCCACAAUCGGAAUUCCCCUUUCGAGCGAAAUCAGAGUCACGUGAUCUGACUCAGCAAAACCAAUCAACGCUCCUCGACAGUUCCAGCCACUCUGUCAACCCCCGAGCUUCAUUCUCUCCACCUGGCCUCGUUCCCACAAGCACAUCUUACCAAAACAAAUCACUUCUCAACAGGCAAGUUCCCCUUGAUCUCAAUUUUGUUGAACAAGUCCAGCUAAGAUCGGUCCCGGGCAGUCCAUAUGACAUCAAUUAUCCGUAUCAAUACGAAUCAACGACUCCUACAUCACAAUCGACUGCGUUCGCCUUUGAACCAGAUGCCGGCCUUAUGAAAGUCAUAGACGCUUUUGACGUCGACGAUACAAUACCUCUCCACGCCCCAGAACUAGAAGCUAUCCAUAAUACAUGUCACCAAUGCAAGAAGCCAUUCUUAAAUAAGGCGAGGCUGGAUAGUCACGCCACUCGGACCAAGCAUUUACCUUAUGCGUGCCGAUGCGGGAAAAUUUUCUCUCGAUUUGACGUUCUGGGCAGGCAUAUUGACAGAUUUUGCCCCAGAGAGCUUUAUCCUUGCCCAUAUUGCUCCAAGCACUCCGGAUUUCAAGCAUUUCAUCGCCCUGAUCACCUGACUCAACAUCUCCAAAACGACCACAACAUCAAUUGGUAUGUUUCUGAAAGCUCCGAAGAUCCUCAGGAAUGUCAGAUAUCCAGUAACAGUACGAUGACCCUCGCUUGUUCCUACGAAGGAUGUGAAUAUCAUUUCGAACAUCCAGCGCGAAGAGUCUUUCACGCUAGAAAGGACUUCACCAAACAUUUGCGCAAAGAGCAUGACGAUUCUUUGUUUCCCUGCAGCGCAACUGGAUGUCCAAAGGUCCGAGGAAAUGGCUAUUUCAGAGAGAGAGAUUUGAUUCAGCAUCGAAGGAAAGAGCAUGGAGGUCCUAGCCAAUCCGGCCUCGAGAAUUCGUGAGCCAAGCUGCUGGCCAUUCAAUCCCCUGCGCUUUUUGCGUAUUCUAGAAUUGUAGACAAUUGUCGACUUCAAGGAUUCCACAAAACGCAGAUCCAAAAUGUCUCCCUUGCUACCAAAUGGCUUCGCUCGACUGAGCACAAAGUUCAGGAUUCAUCUGCGACUUUACAGCUUAUCAAUGACAACCGCUUUCAUAGACUGGUUACCCAUGAGUCUGUAUCGCCUUUUCACUC